CCACUUCGUUGAGCUAUCAUGUGUGAUAGCCAGGUCACUUAUUAAAAAGAGCUAUAUAUAGAUCAGUGGGUAUAUUACCUGGUAAAAUAAAAAGUUUAAAGAAUUGUUAAAUGUCUGGCCAUCUGUGGCGGAUAUACGAUACAACUAUCAACAGUGGAUUGUCGAGUGUGUAAAUUAGGCGUAAUUUAUGGGGGAGAUACUUAAAAACGUACUUCAGUGCCAUCAACAUUAUUUCAGGACCCCCCCUAAAUUACUACAAUUCAUUCUAAUAAUGAUUAAGCUUCGCUCCAUAUUGUAUCAUUAAUUUCCGACCAUUAGGCUAAAUGCACACAAUUUGUGCAAGUCUUGAUACGGGCCAUGUAAUUUAUUGCAAGCAUCGUACGGAUAAUCUAUCCUCAUCGUUACAUGCCUAUUACAGUCAAACAAGUCGCAUUGAAGUUGAUUAUAAACUGUUUGAGGGAUACAGCCACAGAGCUAUAUUUGUACAAAUCUAGACUCAUUUGUGAAGGCACAACGGGAUGAAUAUUCAGAAAUAAUUGGGCAAACACUUGUUGGGCUUGGAAUGCAGCCAGAGUUUACGCUUAAUUCUGAUCCGCUCUUGAUGUAUAUUUGCGUCGUCUGCUGAACAUCUGUGGGGGGGGAAAGAGCUUUGUCGCUCAUCGGAAUCCUCCAGUAUAAAUACUGAUUCUGAUUUCAGGUUUCCAUUGUAUUUGUGUUGCAUCAUCACCACCAGGUAAUUUGUUUAUCCACGUGAGAUAAUUCUCACCUGGGUCACCAACAAACAAAUUACCUGGCGGUGGUGAUACACAGCGGGGCAUAAAAAAAACACAAACAGCAACACGAUCGUCCACAACACGCGUUCAACGGACGGCCAAUGCCCGAAACGUCGCCCCGCGUUACAUAUUUUACUCCCUUUAAAGGCCACGAACACGCAAUGUUGUGGACAAACGUGUUGGCUCUGGUUAAACAACUGAUCGCGAUUCGGUACGCGACGCAACCCCCGAAAAUAAAAUAAAAAUAAACCCUUAGCAAUUAAUAAUUAUAAAAAAAAAGCUAAACGCGUUUCGCUGCUCUCCCCGUGGUUGUUGGCGGUCUCCAUGGCGACCAGAAAGGCGGCGCGGCCUAGCAAUUCGAGCGGAAGGCCGUACCAGGGUUGUCUAUGGAUGUGGAUCGCCGUCAGGACAAUGGAGAGGAGAGCUGCAGUACACAGGCUGAAGACGAACAAGGCGCCCCGCCAUGCACUUUCCCCACGGCGGUUUCUGAGGAGCAGCUGGAGGGAGCAAGGAAAAGGGCUCGCAAUCGCCUGCAGUUCAUCGGCUCCGGGGCUGUCUUCCUGCUGGAUGAUGGCAGAGGUCAAAGGGCAGGACCCAGCAUGCAGAACGUCUUGGAAGAAAAGGCCAGACAGCACUACAUGAAGGGGCUUGAGGAAUUUAACCAUGGGGAGUAUGAGAAGGCUGUCCUGUGUUUUACAAAAGCUAUCAACCUCACCCCACAACAGACGGAUCUCUAUGUGAAGAGAGCCGAAGCUUACCUCGAGCUGUGCGACUUCCAGUCGGCGAUCCUGGGAUACAAGCAGGCACUGAGCGUCUCUCGGGGUCAAGCUCCGAUCCACGGACGCCUGGCCAGCAUUUACUGCAUACACGGCCAAGGACUUUUUGAGCACAAAUUGUAUCUGGAUGCUCUGGAGGCAUUUACGAGAGCCACGGAGCUCAAACCCAGCAGCCUCCCCAUCGAGAUGAGAUGUGUGGCGUGCCUGGCGGCGCUGGGCCGCUACGGCGAUUGCCUGGAGCUCGUGGACCGCUGGCUCCUGGCCGAGACGGACAACGCCGAUCUCUACGUGCUGCGGGCGCGCCUGCACCACCGCUUCAACAAUCCGAGCCGGUGCCACGAGGACGCUCGUGAAGCGGCGCGGCUGGCGCCGGGCCGCGCGGAGGCGGAGGCGCUGCUGGAGAGCCUGCGGAGACGAGCGCAGGACGCGCGGGUGCAGGCCGUGGCCGGGGCGCUGCGCGGGAGGCCCCGCGAGGCGCUGGCCAAGAUCUCGCUCGCCGUCGAGAGCGACCCCGGAGCACCCGAGCACCGCGUGUUGCGGGCCGCCCUGCUGCGCCAGCUGCAAGACUUUGCAGGCGCCACCGAGGAGCUGCUGGCGGGGAUGGAGGCGGCGGGGCACGACCCGGAGAGCACGGCCCAGCGAGCCGCCCAACGACAGCUCCUCAUCGCCUACAACGACCUCGCCGUGCACUGCUGCCGCCGGGGCCUCUUCCAGGAGGCGGUGGUGCUGCUCAACAGGGCCAUCCGCGCUGAGAAAGGGGCCAAGAGUCUCUACCGAAACCGUGGAGACUGCUUCUACAAGAUGGACGAGCUGGGGUUUGCGCUCGCCGAUUACCAGCAGGCCUACGAGCUGGACCCAGGCGACUCGUGCUUGAGGGAGAGGAUCGCCUUGGUGCACCAUGACCUGGCUGUGAUGGACCACCAGGAAAAGCGAUACGCGGAAGCGGAGCGGCGCUGCACGGAAGCGAUCCGGAACCACCCGGGGCUGGGCGCUGCCUACGUGCAGCGUGCAAUGGCGCGCCAGAUGAUGCAGGAGAGUGCGGGAGCGAGACUCGACGUUGUCACAGCCCUGCUCAUCCAGCCCAGCAACCAGAAGGUACUGCCCAUGCUGAGUCAGCUCUUUCCGGGCAAGUCGGUGGGCGACGUCAUGGCGAGCGAGUUCGCUCGCGCCGCCGCCGCAGCAGCAGCAGCCACUGCAGCUACCGCGAGGUCCCCUGCACGAGAAGCAGCUGGCCCGGGCGAUAGCACGGACAGAGCAUUGGCGCCACCACGCGGCCAUCGCACCGGUUCAACAACGGGGGAAGGAACUCCCCAAACAUUCCAACUGCCUGGCACGGGCGACGCCACAAACGGCGUCGCCUCCCGCGUUCCGGACUCUCGCCUAAUCCGCAAACUGAUGGCGGAGAAGAAAAAGGCAGAUGUGGACGUAAGAAGAGCGCUGAUGGUGAGAGCAUCUCUGAGCCCCGCGGUGCCGAGACUGAGGGUCGUGCAUGAAGCAAGCGGCACGCAAGCGAGCGGCACCGACCGGCCGUACAUGUGGAGGACCUUCAGCCAGCACCGCUGAAGGCCAGGCCUCACUUAACUCAAAGUGUAGGACGAUUUUUUGUUGUUGCCGUGUUCAAUUUUUCACGCUCGUGCCGUAUAGCUCACCGAUGCAUUCUCGCAACUGUUCCUGAUGAAGCUCCCAGGUGGUGGAGCGAAACGGCAGGCCGUUCAACACACGGUACAACAAAACACUUUUUCUUUUCAAAUUGUACCUUCGUGCCAUUGGCGUCAUACUAUUCAGAUCUGUCGGAGAGUAGUGCGACUCUUCCUGUUACAGAAAGGCCCACGGAAGUGGACACCAAAGAGCUCCCUGCGAGAUCCCUGCAGGUGACCUCAACAGUUCGACACAGCAGUGGGACAGGACUGUCCCACCUGUUGUGCAAAAUAGCAGCGUUCAUUGUACAACAGCUAAACCAAUCUUUAAUUCUCAAGAGGCAUUUCACCAAAAUUGCAGGUCCAAACGUAGUGUGAUCUUUAUUGUGGUUGGUGUGGAAUCAUACGUGCCCAGCCUGAAACCAUCAAUUCAUUUGAAUCAAGUACCCAUGUUUAAUCACAGGCGGUUUCAUGGAAUCGAACUCAGAAUCCUAGCGGCGCUCUGACCCAGACCUCUGGGCCACUGACCACUUCCUCUCUGGCCAUGCAAGGGUAAGCAGAACAGCUGAUGAAACAAUGGCAAUUCUCACCAAGAGGCUAUCCCACAGACUUUCAAGAACUGUCGAAACAAAUUAGAGCAAUUUUAUCUAGCAAUUUGUUGCGAAACGGAUUGUUAUUUCAUUUGUUUUUAUCCUUCUAUGGUAUUACAAUGAAUAAAUGUACGCGAAAGA